AGCUGUGGACAUAUGGGCUAUUGGCUGCCUGGUGACAGAAAUGCUGACAGGAGAGCCCUUGUUCCCUGGAGACUCUGACAUCGACCAGCUCUAUCAUAUCACCACGUGCCUGGGCAAUUUAAUUCCAAGGCACCAAGAGCUGUUCCAUAAAAAUCCCCUCUUUGCUGGUGUGAGGCUGCCUGAAGUGAAGGACAUCAAACCUCUGGACAAACGAUAUCCCAAGCUUUCUGCUGCAGUGCUAGAUCUAGCAAAGAAAUGUUUGCAGAUUGACCCAGACAAAAGGCCAUCCUGUGCUGAACUCUUGCAGUGUGAUUUCUUUAACAAGGAUGGAUUUGCCGAAAGAUUUGCUCAGGAGCUUAAAUUAAAGAUUCAGAAGGAUGCCAGAGACCAUCAAUUACAAAAGCAAUCAAAAAUUAGUAAAAAGGACAAAGAUGAUUGUUUGGGAGAAGAAAGAAAAAUGCUUGCUAUCAAGGAUUUCAACAUUGAGCCAAGGAGCAGAGAGGCAAAGCUGUUCAAGGAGAAGCGCUCCAAAGCAGAUGUGGAGAAGGCAGAGCGACCUUCCAACCUGAGCUCCUUCUACGACAGUGCAAUCAACCCUUUUAAAAUAGCUCCUCAAACCAGCCUGAAGGAUUCCAGCAGCAGCUUGGACUAUGCCAAGAACGCAGGCAUAGUCAUUCCUCCCAUCAACCAGAAUCUUUCUGCCACAACUGCCGGUGUGAGGAUGACUGCUGGGAUGGGGCCCAUGCCUGCGAACCGUAGCUAUAGAGUUGAGGAAAAGAGUAAAACAUACUUGAACCCAUUUCUAAAGCGAGGAAAACAUUCUCCAGCAGGCCAUUACAGUGUAAGCUUAACAUCGGUUUCUAAUGAAAAAACAAUCCUUCCAGCAAAUAAGAAGAAAUGGGAAUUCUCCAAGACUGACGUGCGUUUGCCAGAGCUAAAUCAUCUCCCUGAGCUGAGAGCAGUGGAAGCGUGGAAUCCCAGACUGCACAAAAAGGAGAACAAAACCGUUUCGGAGUCCCGUAUCCCCUCCCUUGCUGCCAUUGACCUCCAUAACCCAAAUCUGUCUUCACAGCAGGUAACAACACAAUAUUUUGUGCUACUUCUUGUCCGUUUCAUUCAGGACUUUAAACUAUGUUUGAGUAGUGUGCUGCACAAGUUUCCAAGUGCCUCCUAA